AUGGACGACAAGUCAGUCACCCCCAAGGGCAAGAUGAGCACCGAAACGCCUGUGCCAGUUCCGGUACAGGCACAGGAUGCAUAUGAUGUGGAUUAUGAGAAAUACGGCGCUCAACGCCAGGCCAAUCCGCUGCCGGAACUCAAGCGGAAGCUGAAGAGCAGACAUCUUCAGAUGAUUGCCAUUGGUGGCACAAUUGGUACCGGUUUGUUCAUCGGUAGCGGCACAGCCAUUGCUCAUGGAGGCCCCGUCGGAGCUCUCAUAGCUUAUAUCUUUGUCGGAACCAUCGUAUACUCCGUCAUGACCGCACUCGGAGAGAUCGCCACAUAUAUCCCGAUUCCUGGAGCUUUCACCUCCUACGCUGCUCGCCUGAUUGACCCGAGUUUGGGAUUUGCAAUGGGUUGGAUUUAUUGGUUCUCUUGGGCGUCGACAUUUGCGCUGGAGUUGACGGCAACCGGUCUGAUCAUUCAGUACUGGGAUAAAGAUAUUCCGAUCGCCAUCUUCAUCGCCGUUUUCUGGGUUGUCAUUAUCGCUUUCAACAUGAUGCCCGUUGGCUUUUAUGGUGAAAUUGAGUUCUGGUUCGCCAGUAUCAAGGUCAUCACAGUGAUCGGAUUUAUGAUCUUUUGUAUCUGCAUGAAUGCCGGUGUUGGAAAAGAAGGAUACAUUGGUUUCAGAUAUUGGGUGCACCCGGGACCCUUUGUUCCCUAUCUGAUCGAGAACAAUGAUUCGUUGGCUAAAUUCGUCGGAUUCUGGUCAACGCUGAUUCAGGCUGGAUUUUCAUACCAGGGAACUGAAUUGGUUGGUAUCGCGGCCGGCGAGACCGAGAACCCUCGCAAGACCGUCCCAUCCGCUAUCCGCAAGACCUUCUUCCGUAUCGUCUUCUUCUUCAUCCUGACAAUCUUCUUCCUCGGAAUCGUCGUGCCUUCCAACGACGAUGGUCUGCUGGCUAGUGAGGGCGAUGGUGCUAGUGCCCAGAACGCCAACGCUUCACCAUUUGUUAUUGCCAUUAACCGUGCCGGCGUGACUGCUCUUCCCGGUAUUAUCAACGCAGUUCUGUUGACCGUGGUGCUCUCGGCAGCCAACUCCAACGUCUACAGUGGCAGUCGUAUCCUAGUUGGCCUUGCCCAGGAAGGAUUUGCCCCUCAUUGGUUCAAGAUCACCACCAAGCGUGGCGUUCCCUACUACAGUGUUCUCUUCACCGCGGCCUUUGGGUUGCUCGGAUUCCUGAACGUCUCCGACGCAGGUAGCACCGUCUUCACUUGGUUGCUACAGAUCUCCGGUGUUGCUGGCUUCAUCACCUGGUCUUCACUGAAUGCCUGCCAUCUCGCUUUCCAGCGGGCUCUCAAGGUUCGCAACAUCUCUCGGGAUGUUCUACCGUACAAGGCCGUCUGGCAGCCCUAUCUCUCGUGGUACGGAUUGUUCUUCAAUAUCCUGAUCAUCCUCACCCAGGGAUUCACGGCUUUCGUUGGGGGCUUCAAGGUGAAAGACUUUUUCAUCAACUACCUGAGUUUGAUUCUGUUUGUGGUCUUGUAUGCAGGCCACAAGAUCGUCUUUCGCCCCGCUUUUGUCAAGCCCAUCGAGGCCGAUCUGGAUACGGGCCGCACCACUGCCGACAACGAGACAUGGGAGACCGUCGAGCCAACCACAUGGUACGGCAAGGCGUGGAACCGGAUCUGUGGGUGA